AUCAACAGCGCCAAUGCGCGUGAAAGAUGCGCGUUAUACAUGAUAGAAAAACACGAACUGCGAACGCAAUGUGUUGAUGAAAACAGAACCUCACUUUUUUACACGUGUGGAUCUAAAAGUUCCGGAUAAAAUAUGGAUCUGGAAGCACUAGCUAAUACAGAAAGCAAUAUAAACUUUAUUCCUUGUUUAAAAUGGGUGAAACGAGGCGUCGCAAAGGCGAAUCCAGAAAAAGUACAGCUGACAAAAGAAGAACUUGUUCAAAUAAUAAAUGAUACUAAAUCCAAAUUACAGCUUGCUGAUCAAGAAGGUGAAUCUUCAACCAGGAAUCAGGAAACAUCAGAUAAUAUUGAUGAGGAAUUUAGUUUAGAUAAAUAUGAUGAAGAAGAUGAAAACACAGGGCUUCAGCAGUUGGGCAUUCAUAACAUUGCUGAGAUGCCAGCAUCAGCUGAAGAGAAUUUUGAUGAUGAAGAUGAUGAUUCAGAAAAGGAUGAUGACAUUAUCAAGCCUAGUGAUAAUUUACUUUUAGUUGGAAGAGUCAACGGUGAUGCAAGCAUAUUGGAAGUUUACAUUCAUAAUGAGGAAGAAGGAUCAUUGUAUUGUCAUCAUGAUCUAUUUCUGCCAGCAUUUCCUCUUUGUAUUGAAUGGAUGGACUUUGAACCAGGCCAACCACAAGGCAACUACUGUGCCAUUGGAUCAAUGUCUCCAGUAAUUGACAUUUGGGAUCUGGAUAUUAUCAACUGUUUAGAACCUGCAUAUACCUUGGGUAAAAAAGGUAAUAAAAAGAAAAAAAUUAAACCAGUUGGACAUAAAGAUGCUGUACUUGACAUCUCUUGGAAUCCAAACUUUCAUCAUGUCUUGGCUAGUGGUUCUGUAGACCAAACAAUACUCUUAUGGGAUAUUGAAGCAGGCAAUCCAUCCAAUAAACUGACAGCAUUUGAGGAAAAAGUGCAGUGUGUCAAAUGGCACAAAUUAGAAGGACAUGUUUUGUUAGCAGGCUCUUGUGACAAGACAGCCAAAGUAUUUGAUUGCAGGUCAACAGAAAACAAGAGUUGGGAUUUGACAGGGGAAGCUGAACGAGUUGUGUGGAGCACUACCGAACCAUACAUAUUUUAUGUGGGCACAAAUACGGGAGGAUUGCAUUGUUUUGAUUGCCGCAAAGGUGAAAUAUGGAUGCAGAAAGCAUACGAACAGGAUAUUACUGGGCUUUCAUUCAGUAGUCAAUGUCCUGGUUUAUUAUUAACCACAUCAAGCGAUGGCGUUAUGAAAGUAUGGGACGCCAAUGGACAAUCUAAAUAUGGAGCACAAAUGGUAUAUGAAAAGGAUUUGAAAAUGGGUGUUUUGCAUUGUAUUGAAAUGUGUCCAGAUUCACCAUUUUUCUUUGCUGCUGGCGGCGAUAACAAGAGUAACAAUUUAACGGUAGCAGAUUUACUUUUAAAUGACCCAGUUAAACAUUAUUUUGGACCCAGGCCUCUAAUAGAAACUGCAGUCGCAAGUGGUGAACCGACAACGUCAAAUACCGAAAUGGAAGUUACACAGGAAUAAUUUAAGAAUUGUUAUCUUAUUGGUAUUUUGUGAAAGAGAGAUAAUAUAAAGCCUAUCUGAUUCAGUAA